AUGGCCCACGCCGUGGACACGAGUGAGAUCCGACAAUGGCGCUCUAUCGUCACUCUAAUUGUAUUUGUAAUAGCUAAUAUCCUUGUUUUGUGGCCCUUCCAUUUCCCCAUCUACAUCCCGAAAUCCCUCGUCAACUUGAUAUGGGGUUUGGCAGCCAAGCUGUGCAUCAUCCCAUCCAGCGCCCAUCAUGACGUUAUUCACAACAACCCGAACUGCUCAAAGUACUUUGUGCGCUUCACUUUCCCGCUCAAUUUCAUCACUGCGCCUCUGAUAGCAGACCUCUUUCUACUAGCCAUUUCCGCUAUAGGCCGCCAAGAAGUGUAUGCUGGCACUAUAGGUGCCGACAAUAUCCACCCUAUCGAUAUCAUGCUCUUCUUCAUCACAUUGGCCUACAUCGCCAUCUCUAUCGAUGCGUCAGGUAUUAUUCGUUGGUUAGCUUUCAAGGUGUUAUCCAUGGGUGGUAAGGUCGGCCACCAGCUAUUCUUCUAUCUGUAUUCCUUCUUCUUCCUGCUGGGAAGCUUCAUCGGCAAUGAUCCCAUCAUUCUCUCAGGAACAGCAUUCCUCGCUUACAUGACUCGGGUCUCGAGCAAUAUCACAAGUCCAAGAGCCUGGAUCUUCUCCCAGUUCGCAAUCGCCAACAUUGCCUCGGCCAUUCUUGUGUCUUCGAAUCCCACGAAUCUUGUCCUUGCUGGAGCUUUCGACAUCAAGUUCAUCGUCUAUACCGCCAACAUGAUAGUUCCCGUUGUAGUCACAGCUCUGGUUCUUUUCCCGUUUCUGCUCUACGUCAUAUUUGCCGACGAAAAAUUGAUCCCCUCCAGGAUUCUGAUGCACGAGCUGCCAGAGGAAGUUCGAAGACAAGAACCCGUCAACCCCAAUAUCCCCUAUGUUCAAAGCCAAGCCGAAGACGGAGGCGAAGAAGCCAUGGCCCGCUCCCUUGCGUACAUCAUGAACCCUUUCCUGGAUAAGAAGGGCGCAGCAUUUGGUGCUCUCAUCAUGGCUGCUACACUCAUCACAGUCCUGGCUCUCAAUGCUGCGAGUGCAGGGACCGGCGAGCACCCUGUCUACUGGGUGACUGUUCCGGCUGCCUUUGUCAUGUUAUGUUGGGAUCUUGGAUUCGGAUGGCUUCAUCGCCACGAAACACGUCAAACAGCGGCUUCCUAUCGACGCGCAAUGGAGGAGGCGCGAGCAGAGAGAGCUGAAAGAGACGAAGUCUACGAAAGGGCACACGGAGGGGCUUCCCCUGCAGGUUUGACCUCGGAGAAUAAGUCUGAGCCCGAGACAGAUACCACCAUUGGCUACCAGAAAAGCCACUCGCCAGUUGGUAACAGUACUGCUUUCCAGACAGUACAACAAGACAUUUCCCUCUCCAAUCUCCCCGCCGCCAAUCAUCAUACAAACUCCCAAUCUGCCAUUCCUCGAGUAGUCCUGUCGAAUACCGCCGGCAACAGUCCCGUCAUUAUCUCAGGUUCAGUACCAGAGUCGCCCAUUCACCACUCGGGGACUUAUUCCAACGACUCUGCACAACCCGAUGCAGUGACAACACUGCCCAAUCCCCAGAUGGAGCCCGAAAAGCUCGAGUCCAAUCAGCACAGAUCAGACCUGCCGGCAGAUAAGGCGAACUUGUUGUCAGAAGCCAAGAAAGCUUAUGGGUCGCUACGGAAAGGCUACGAGUGGUUACAGGAGACAUUUCCUACAGUCAUGGCUGUCAUGGCCCAUCUGCCGUUUGCUCUCGUGCCAUUUGCAUUUGCCAUGUUUGUACUCGUCCAAGCGCUCGUCAGUAAAGGUUGGGUUAACGUAUUCGCAUACGGCUGGUAUCAUUGGUCAAAGCGAACAGGCACAGUAGGAAGCAUAGGCGGAAUGGGCUUUCUCUCAUGUGUCUUGUCCAACUUCUCUGGUACCAACAUCGGCACUACCAUCCUCUUAUCACGUAUCAUCCAAGCCUGGAAAGAAAUCAACUGCCAAGACACCAGUCUUAUCAGCGACCGAACCUACUGGGGAACCAUCUACGGAAUGGCACUUGGGGUCAACUACGGCGCGUUCAGCACAGCGUUCAGCGCCUCACUAGCCGGUCUUCUCUGGAGAGACAUCCUUGCUCGAAAGCAUAUUCACGUGAAAAGCCACGAGUUUGCAAGGGUUAACUUUCCAAUCAUUGCUAUCUCAAUGGCUGUUGGCUGUCUGAUAUUGGUUGGAGAGGUGUAUAUAGUGAGGGAUAACUCGCCAUACUCAUCAUACGAGAACGCCUGCUCGAACAGAUGA